AUGGGUGAGAACAAUGAAGCCGCGUUGAAAGAGUUGGAGAAAAGUUAUUGCCCGCCUCUCGAUGCUGCGUUAAUCACGGCGUUGGCUCUAGACUAUGACCUCGGGGACUCCGUGCAGCUUCAGCAACUUCGCGAUACCCUUGAGGCCCUUGCGCUCUCGGCCUGGGAACAGGAUGACCUACCGUUCGAUCCGUCGGGGACAAGCGGGCUGAAUUCGAGCAGCGGAAUAGACUCGGAGUUGGUAUCUCAGGCUGAUACCAGCACUAAUCCAUCCCGGGGGACCGAUGCGACAAGCGAAUUCUCGUCUCUCAGCCUGAGCGACAGGAGCCGGUCCGGAUGUUCGUCAGGAGCGUCAUACACUAUAGGUGCGGAAGGGGCAAUUUCGCUGACUGGUGAUUCCGAGGAAGAUAAGAUAGUCUAUCUGAGCGAGAUGUUUCCGAACACCGAUCGUUUCACGAUCCAGUAUACCCUGAGGAAGUUGCACGGGGACGUUGACCGGUCUAUGGAUGAACUACUCAACCUUUCGUUCCUGAAAGACGAGGCGCCAGAUGCGGUACCCAAGGGAGUUAACGGUUUUGAGAAUGAAGACGCUGGCAAGACGAAGAGUCGCAAGCGCAAAGGAAAGAAUAAGAACGGAAAAAAUCAGGAUUCCGGGUCCCAUGUCAGCUAUGACAGCGAAUCUGCUUUGCAAGAAUCGAACAACGCUCUCAACAAAUGGGAGGCUGCUCAAAAGGAUGUCGACUUUAUAUGUGAACGGACCUUCCCUAUUCUCAAAAAGGAAACAGUCACGUCGACGUAUCACGCAAAUGGAGCCUCUUUGCCUUCUACCAUUCGAUCUCUUGCGAAUGCGCAUGCUCCAAAGGACAAAACAAGUAUCAGUGAAGAUCCGGUCAUGGUCACACAAGUCGACGAAUUGACGCAGGAUUUCCCAGACAUUGCACCAGAGCUUCUUGCCGGUUUACUUGGAAUCACGAGGAAUUCAAUCUCGGCCGCUCACGAAUUGGCAAAAGCAUACAUGACAAACCCAGCAUCGCGAGCAGCCACUGAGUUGAUCAAAUUCACCACUUCCCCGCCUCCACCUGAUGUCGAAGAAGAAGCCCCCAAGCGUCGGACUGCUGCAACAAGGUCUUACGAGGAGGCGACGGCUUCGGCAGGAUACCACUCUUUUGCCGCAUCAGAGGCGCUCACAAAGGCUUCGGCAGCAUACAGACGCGGGAAGUCCGAUAAAAACAUGAGACAAGUUGCCGCUUACUACUCGGAUGUUGGCCGUGGGCAUCUUGAGCGCGCCAAGAGGGACAACGCUGCUAGAGCCGAUGCCCUCGUCGGCCAGCAAUCGUCAUGGAACGAGCUUGAUUUGCACGGAGUCUCUGUCCAGGAUGCCGUCCGCAUAGCCAGCGAGCACGUCGCAAGCUGGUGGGACUCGCUUGGGGAUACCAAGUAUAUGAGAGGAAGCGAGGGUGAGGCUGCUCGAGGAGGCUACCGCAUCAUCACCGGCUUGGGACGCCACAGUCACGAUGGUACUUCACGCCUUGGCCCAGCUGUCGCGAAGAUGUUGGCGCGUGAAGGCUGGAGGGUAGAAGUCGACCAGGGAUUUUUAAGGGUAGUAGGAGUUGUUCGGCGCCGUUGA